UCCGCCGGGUGCCGGAGCCCUCAGGCCCGCACGUCGGGGCGGCGCGGCGGCGAUGGGCGGCACGGCGCUGUCGGGAGCGCUGUGGCUGGGGCUGCUGUGGGCCGGCAGCGGGGCCGGGGGCAGCUGCCAGGGAAGGUGCUGCCAGGGCCGGGAUGCCGCCUGCGUCGGCGAGGGAUGGAGGGAGGGAGGUGGCUACGGGACCUGCUACUGCGACGGAGGCUGCCGGCGAGCCGGGGACUGCUGCCACGACCACAGCCAGGCGUGCCCGGCUAUUCCCUGUGUUGUGGGGGAGUGGAGUCAUUGGAGUGGCUGUGCAGAGCAGUGUCAUCCCGGGCUGCGGAUCCGUAGGCGCUAUGUACAACAGGAACCUAAAAACGGUGGGGAACCCUGUCCAGCUCUGGAGGAAAAAGCUGGCUGCCUGGAAUACCUCACUUACCAGGGGGAGGAAUGUGGCCAUGAACAUGUCCCUGCUUUCAUAACUACCUCUGAAUACGGUAAAGAAAGAAAAAGAAGAGCAGCAUCUUCUCUCUGGCCUUCAGACAAAGAGGCAGCAGGAUACUGUGUGGAGUUCAGGACAGAAUCUCUUUCCCAGCACUGCGCUCUGGAGGCGCGUCCGCACGCGCGCUGGAUGCAGUACCUGCGCGAGGGACACACCGUGUGCGUCGCCUGCCAGCCCCCAGCCAUGAGCACGGCCACGCAGCGCUGCUCCGGAGAUGGCCAUAAUGCACACGGAGAUAAAAUCUUACACUGGGAAGCAAUUGGCAACUCCCAGUGCCAAGGAACCUGGAAGAAGAUCCGGCAACUGGAACACUGUUCCUGUCCCCUGGUGCAUAGUUUUAUUUUUACAUAAAAGUUUAAAAGACCUUUAAAAUGGCAACAAAAAGAAUAAGAAAACUAACAACCAUGCCAAGAGACCGACAUAUUUCUGCUGCAUUUUCUGGAGCCUUAAAUUUUACGUGAGUCAGACCUUUGGCAGAAGCAUUUCAGGAAAUGCUCUCUGCCUUAAUACAAAAUGCAAAGACUGAUCUCUAUUAGAACACUAGAAGCAUGUUUCCAUGUUUGUCUUUUGUAAUUAAAGAGCUAAUGUUUCUAACCAUAGUUGUUACUUUUCCUGAAGUUUUCCAUCUUUACUGGCCACAGCCCAGUCUAUAGGCACUGCUCCUAAGUAGUGAGACAGUCAAGUAUUUUCAAGUCUGAGAAUAGUGACUGUCAGUAUUUAAGAGCAAGGGUGAAUAAAAAUUAAGUUUUGAGAGCUAAAACAAAUUUCAGUUUAGGUCCUUUGUUCCUCUCCAGUAUCAUCUAGACAACUUUUUACACUACAUCUGCAUAAGCAUUCUUCCUCUACACUGCAGUUUUCAUGUUCAGCCACCUUCAUGAAGACAUACUUAGCGCUGUUAAGGAAUUGGUCUCCUCAGAACUUCAUGUCAAUAAUACAAAGCAUUAAAGUAACUUUCCUGGCAGGUGAACCUAGGCAAGACUUUGUGACUAAGGUAAAAAAAAUAUUUAUUACUAGUUAAAAAUGCUCAUCUACAAUGAUGAAAAUAGGAACCUGCAACAUCUGAGCUCUGACACGACUACUAUGCAGGUUGAGAAAAUUUCCUGUUAAGACAGGCAGCAUCUCCAUGCAACAUAAAGACUUCCUAGAAGAAAUCAUAGUGGUUCCUUGGCAAGAAUGAGGAAGGUGAUCUGCUUGAGGUUCUGUCAAGAAUGUGUUGUGGCACAAACCUUUGAACUGUAUUUUACCAUUUUAUUGUAAUGAAAGAAAGCAGGCCUCCAAAACAGAAAACAGAGAUUAUUUUAAUGUUUUUUGAACAUUGCAGACUUCAAGAAUAUAUGUUUUCCUUUUUAAUGGGGAAAAUUAUCUCAGAGAGCUUUGUUUUAUUGUGACCAAUUCAGACAGCUGCUUUUUCUUGUAAGGUUAUUGGAAAAUAAAAACCUUAGCCAAGAAAAAAAGGCACAAAAAACAUCUGAAUUCAGGAGAUUUCGCCUUUAAAAGAAUGCUGUAUUAUGUUAGUUCAAGUCACUAGAUUCACACCAGUAUGGAAAGCACGAGUUUCCUGAGAUUGUGGAAAUCUCUUCCAAAUGAUCCAAAUCCAGAGAGACCGGCUAGUGCCAUCAUCCAUCUGUUCCAAUCUCCCAUGAGCAGGAGGUUGCAGUGGCCAGCAGAGACCCUGAUAGUGACCCCCAAAGUGUAUCUUUGCUGUCACUGACAGUGUAGACUCAUUACUGAUCCCCACUGUGGCCAUGAGUUAUUGAACUUUCCCUUUCCUGCUGGUCUGGAAGAAGUCACUUGUCACGACAAGGUAGGUGGCACAAGCUAACCAAGAGAUGCUGAGUGCUAGUAUA